GUAGAACCAUGGUAGAACCAAAGUAGAACUAUACUAUAAUACCAGUUAAAAUAAUACUUGCACUUAUUUCUGGGACACCCUGUAUAUUUUAUUUUGUUAUGAUUUUGUAGAACGUGUAGAAUAUAGAAUUCAUGUAGAAUUGAGGUUAAAAGAUAGUAGACAAGAGUAGAUCAAAGUCUAUCAACAACAAAAACCUGUGAUUUAUUUAGAAGGGGUAAUAUAUACUCGCCUGAAUCAUUACUUUUUAAUCUUUAAGGAUAAGCGGUAUUGUUAUAGUCCAAAAUCCAAAAAUAUGUUGUUUUUUGGCAAAUCAUGACAUAACAAUAUAUAAAAAUUUUAUGUUUGCUUCAAUACAUAGUUUUCUAUAAACAAACGAGAAAUAGGCGUUGAAUUGAGCAUUAAUUAUUUUAUUUUGCAAUUCAAUUUUUUAUAAUAGGAUUAGGAUGACUGUUUUUAGAUCGGCGAUCAAAUUUUGUUUUCAACCCUGCCGUAAACUGUCUAGCAAAAAGUUGUUCAGGGAAGUUGCCAUACCUGUCCCUUGGGGCGAAAUUAGAGGCAAAUGGUGGGGCCCGACCGACAAAAGACCAAUAUUGACUCUACACGGCUGGCAGGAUAACUGUGGUUCCUUCGAUAGAUUAAUACCUCUAUUAAAUAACGACGUUGGAUACCUAACAGUAGAUUUGCCAGGCCAUGGUUAUUCAUCGAGAUUGCCCGUAGGCAUUCCAUAUCACCUCACUGAAUAUCUAUCAACCAUUAGGUACAUAAAAAGACACCUGGGAUGGCCCCAUCUCACUCUAAUGGGCCACUCCAUGGGAGCCAUCACCUGUUUCACCUACACCAUGAUGUAUCCGGACGAGGUCGAUUUUUUAAUAUGCAUCGAUGGAGCUAAACCACUUGUACCCAAGUUGAGAAAAAAUCGCUUAUCUAAAUCGUUCGACACUUUUAUGAAAAACUCCGAUUUGGUUAUAGAAAAUAGGGAACCGCCCAGUUAUACGAUAGAAGAAAUGAAAAAAAUAGUGCACAAGCCAAAUCACGGAUCGGUCGAUGUUGAAGUUGCGCAUUAUCUGAUGGAAAGAAAUAUGGCUCCUUCUAAAAUUCAGCCUGGAAAAUACUAUUUCACCAGAGAUCCGCGUCUGAAGGCGGAAAUAUUUACGUUUAUUACACAGGAGGAGACACUAUACAUGGUGCAAUCGAUGAAAUGCCCAGUUUUUAUAGGAAAAGCGAAAAAUGCGCUCUAUUUCGAUCAAAAGGAACAUUUCUACGAAAUGUUGGAUGUUCUGAAACGACACGUGCCCGAUUGUGAAUAUCAUUACGUUGAGGGUACCCAUCAUGUUCAUUUAAACAAUCCUGAAACUCAAUUGGUCAGUUUAAUAGAUGAUUUUAUUAGAAAACGUUAUUUAGGCGAUAGGAGUGUCGGUGGAAUAAAAGAGGAUAUUAUUGUCGACGAAAGAACUGUGAUAAAUAGCAAAAUCUUACUAUAAAUUAAUAUAAUUUUUACUAUUAAAAAUUUCCCUAUAUGAUUAAUAACAAAAAAAGAACACAUAAUUUUUAAAUUUGUUUGGAUGAUAUUGACCUUUGAUAUUAAUUUUUUAUUAUUACAAUAAAGUCAGUAUAUCAAAUCUCUGAAAAAUUAUAUACAAGCACUUCCCUCAUACAUAUUAUUUCUUUUUUUUUUGUAUUAAAACAUUCAAUAAUUAUUAAAUAAAUAAACCUUA